AACAACAAUGACCCAGAUACUCUUGUCAACUUAAUUGUGGUGUCUAAUUUAAUAGGGAAGCCUACAGAAGUUGUAAAUCGAUAUAUCACACAACUUAAAGAAGUUGCACCUAGUCAUGUAUUUUUGCAAGACCUCGACCUUAAAACGAGUUUAUUUGAUCGUUCGGCGCAGAGAUUUGCUCUCGCAUAG